AUGGAUGCAGCUCAUCUCGUUACGAACAUCGAGCGUAGACGUACAGCCAAGUAUUGCCAGCAGCAACUUUGGGGCCAGAAUGUUGGAUGUCGUCUGGUUUUCAGGCAUAUGACGGUCGCCUCCCAGCUUCGCGAUCUACCUCUGUCUAUAAAGCUGAACCUCCUUCCAGGCUUUGCCCUGCGCGUUGGUGCUGCAAUCAACUUCACUCCCUGCCCAGAGCUCAAUGCUGCCAUCGCGGCCAACUUCUCUCCAGCAGCAGCUUUGCCGACUUUUGACUGUGCCACCCUGCCAGUUCCGCUGGACUAUACCGAUGAUAGUUCACCAUCACUCGACCUCAGCCUCUUCCGCAUCAAUGCCACUCAACAGCCAGUGCUGGGCAGCGUCCUGAUGAACUUUGGAGGUCCCGGAGGUACAGCUCCAGACAAUUUGGCUGUCUUGGCCGAGAAGGCCCAUAGCGUGAUAGGACCGGAAUGGAACCUCAUCUCAUGGGACCCUAGAGGCACUGGCUUCACUAUACCAUUCCAGUGUGAUGUUUCAGAGCUUGGGUCUACGGCUACACCUUCAAAUUCGAAGCGAUCUUUAGGAGAGCUGGUAAACGUCAACAUUACGGACAUUUUUUCCAACGGCGGAUGGGAUUAUGCUGGCCAAAAUGCUGAUCUGUGCUAUGCACAAGCGAACAAGACUGGCAGUCUCAUCGGCACCGCUUUUGUGGCUCGUGACAUGAUGCACAUCGUGGACGCAUUAGGUGAAGACGGACUGCUCAGAUACUACGGCUGGUCCUACGGUACAGCUUUAGGCGCAUAUGUCGUCGCUAUGUUUCCCGAUCGUAUCGGUCGAAUCGUACUCGAUGCCAACGUCAACCCUCAUACAUACCAGGACGGCACAUACAUCACCACAACCGCUGAUCUGAAGCCUGAUUUCGACGGAUUCUUACAGACAUGCUUUGAAGCCAAAGACGACUGUGCUCUGUACACUCUGUUGCAGCCGAACACUACGGAGGACUUUAUCACAGCCUUGAAUGAAGCUCUAGCACCAUUGGCCAAGAACGCUACGGAAAGCAUACAGGGCUAUCUGACCUACAUCGGGCUGAAAGCAACAAUACAGCAGAACCUGUACUUUCCUAGUGGAUGGCCGAAAUUUGCACAGACAUUAGCAGCGGUAUUUACCGGUUCAUCUCCAGCUCCAAAGCCUGCAGUACAAUACGGCGUUGCCGAAAACGCUGUGGUGGGUAUUCGCGCAAGUGAUGCAACUUUUCACGCCAACUCUAGCGAUGAGUACCUACCUACCUUGAGAGCGCAACAGGCAGUCAGCCCCAGUUUCAGCGACGCCAUGUACGUCUCCUUCUGGGUCUCGGCACAGUGGAAGAUGCCGGCAAAGGAACGAUAUUGGGGUGACUUUCACGUCAAGACCAAGACUCCAGUCCUCUUUAUCAACGGCCAACACGACCCCGUGACACCUCUCGAGAACGCUUAUAAUGCUAGUGCCUCAUUCGAGGGCAGCGCGGUAUUGUCACAUUCUGGUUACGGCCAUGGUCUCUUCGCCAGUCCCUCUCAAUGCGCGGCCGAUUAUGUUCAAGCCUACUUCAAAAAUGCUACCCUGCCGCCCAAUGGCACUCACUGCGAACCAGAUCUUACGCUGCUGCAGAUGUGGGUGCAGAGUCUGCCUGCUGGUGUGGCGACGAAUGGCACCACAAACGGGACCGCGAAUGCGACGACCGGCAAUGGAAAUGGUAGUCAGAGUUCCAGCACCCCAGUGCCCUACGCCAAUGAUGCGCCAGGUCACGGCGCCACUGGAAGCUUUCUUUACAUGGUAGUAAUGCUAGGGCUGAUGCUACAAAUGCUUGCUUGA